UAUUUGUGAGGGAGUACACAUACUCUGACUAAACAGUCAAUCUCCUCCACACAGAAGGACUCCCAUCAUCCUCCAGUGUCUCCGUCUGUACUGAUGUGCCGUACAAACCCGGUGCACUCUACGGCCGUGCGGCUCACAGACGUGCUCUGACUCUCUACGAGGACAUUUUCUGUCUCUUCUCCAUCAACUUUUGUUGUUGCUGUUAUUCAGCCUUUUAACCAAAUCCACAGUCAGCAAUCUCACAAUAUCUGGGAUUGAUGAUGCAAAGAGGCCAAUAGAAGCGUGGGCCCGGCACCGUGGAUUGUUGUUUGGUGAGUGGAUGACAAUCGGGGGGGAAAGGCCCUCCCGCCAAUGGGAUCGCAGCUGCGGGGCCACAUGACCGCCCCCUCCUCUCCCAUUCAUCAGGGCUGGACUGUGUUGUCUUUUCAAUUCAUUUAUCUGCAGGAAUGAUUGCGACUAUCAGUCUAGAGCUCACCGCCUGACUGAGGAGGUGAAAGUUGCGCCACAGGAAGAUAAACCGCAAAAGACAAUAUUGCAUGCAUACGUGAAUUUGCGUGCGCCUCGGAUGAGCGGUAUAGGGGGAUUCCUCGCGUCUUAGAAAGUAAAGAAAAAAGCGGUGGAUUUGAGAGUUUGCUCAGUCGAGUGCGGUGCAGAAAGAGAUAGAGAGAGAGGGGGGAGGAAGAAUAUCUGUGGCUGAUUUUUUUAUUCCUGCUCUCAGUCGUCUCGGCGAGUCUGAAGACUGAAGAUGCUCCUGGACGCAGGACCACAGUAUCCCACCAUAGGAGUCACUACUUUCGGCUCCUCACGGCAUCACUCAACAGGCGAAGUCACAGAGAGAGAAGUGGCGUUGGGGAUAAAUCCGUUCGCCGACGGGAUGGGCGCCUUCAAAAUUAACCACAGCUCCCACGACAUCGGCUCCGGACAGACGGCGUUUUCCUCCCAGGCGCCCGGCUACGCCGCGGCCGCCCUGGGGCACCCGCACCACCCGACCCACGUUGGCUCUUACUCCACGGCGGCUUUCAACUCCACCAGAGACUUUCUCUUCAGGAACCGGGGCUUCGGGGACGCGGCCGGGGCGCAGCACAGUUUGUUCGCCUCGGGAAGUUUCGCAGGGCCACAUGGACACUCGGAUGCGGCGGGGCACCUGCUCUUCCCCGGGCUGCACGAGCAGGCGAGCCAUGCAUCCUCCAACGUGGUCAACAGCCAGAUGCGGCUGGGCUUCUCCGGGGACAUGUACGGAAGGGCAGACCAGUACGGCCACGUUACCAGCCCCAGGUCCGACCACUACGCAUCGACCCAGCUGCACGGCUACGGCCCCAUGAACAUGAAUAUGGCCGCGCACCACGGAGCAGGGGCCUUCUUUCGAUACAUGCGGCAGCCCAUCAAGCAAGAGCUCAUCUGCAAGUGGAUCGAACCCGAGCAGCUGACCAACCCCAAAAAGUCUCUUUUCAAUUCAUUUAUCUGCAGGAAUGAUUGCGACUAUCAGUCUAGAGCUCACCGCCUGACUGAGGAGGUGAAAGUUGCGCCACAGGAAGAUAAACCGCAAAAGACAAUAUUGCAUGCAUACGUGAAUUUGCGUGCGCCUCGGAUGAGCGGUAUAGGGGGAUUCCUCGCGUCUUAG